CGGUCUUGGAAGAUGCUAAAACACUCUUGGAGCCAGGCACAUCUUUCAAUACCUUCCCAGCAAGAGCUCUUGAGUAUCAAGAAAUUCUUGAUUUUCCCAGACCCCUCACGGUAAUCGUUCGAAGGCAUUAUUGUCGAAGAAUUUCGAGUCUCGCAGGAGUCAACAAAUCGCGCUAAGACGACAUCCAGAUCCAGGGAACGAUCGACCGACCGAUUGGAAGGCGCCAAAUUUAACGUGACAGACUAAAGUAUCAAAUUUAGGAAGGUACCACUGGUCAGGAAAAGAUUCAACAUGGUUAAAAGCUUCUUCUUGGAGAGGGACGACAACUCUGAAGGUCAAGAGAUGGAGCCAGAUGAAAAGACCAAGAUGACGGUCAACGGUUGCCCAGUCGGUGAGGAAGAGGAGAAUCCCGAAGAACAGGUCAAAAUUGAAGUCGAGAUUGAAGAAGGACGAGAGCAAUGGGGAAGAAAGGUCGAAUUCUUUCUGGCUUGCAUUGGCUAUGCUGUUGGUCUGGGAAAUGUGUGGCGAUUUCCGUACUUGUGCUUCAAGAAUGGUGGCGGUGCCUUCCUUGUUCCGUACGUGAUCAUGUUAUUCUUAUGUGGAAUGCCUCUCUUCUUCAUGGAGCUGUCGCUUGGCCAGUACAUCGCUCUUGGGCCAGUAACAUCAUGGGCCGCUAUUUGUCCUCUCGCUAAAGGUGUAGGAUUCGCCAUGUUGGUAGUCUCAUUCUUAUGUUGUGUGUAUUACAAUGUCAUCAUUGCAUGGUGUCUGUACUACCUUUACGAGUCCUUUACCACAGAAGUACCUUGGAAAAACUGCGGCAAUUCGUGGAACACUGACAAAUGCCAAAGAGGAAAACUCUCUGGCGUUGCUAAUGGCAAUAACACCAACACGACAUGCGCAGCAGUAGCAGCUAAUUUCACCUCCAACUGCACGGUCACCCCGAAGGAUAUCAUUUCACCGAGCAAGGAAUUCUGGGAACGUUAUGUGCUGAGAAUUACUGACUCAAUUGAUGAUUUUGGUGAAGUGAGAUGGCAACUUGUGCUGUGCCUAUUUCUUGCCUGGAUUCUCGUCUACUUCUGUUUAUGGAAAGGUAUCAAGUCCUCGGGAAAAGUCGUCUAUUUUACUGCCACCUUUCCUUACGUCGUCUUAGUGAUUCUCCUGAUUCGCGGUGUAACUCUCCCUGGUGCUUCGAAAGGUCUUAUAUUUUAUCUCAAACCAGACUUUUCCAAGCUUGGCGAUGCAAUUGUGUGGGUGGAUGCGGCUACACAGAUCUUCUACUCGCUCGGCAUCGGGUUUGGCUCACUGAUUGCCAUGGGAAGCUAUAAUAAGUUCCAUAACAACUGCUUCAAAGACGCAAUGAUCGUUUCCUUGAUUAACUGCAGCACAAGCGUCUUCGCUGGCUUGGUCAUCUUCAGCGUUCUGGGUUUCAUGGCAGAGGUACUGGGAAAGGAAGUACAAGAUGUCGCUACUUCAGGACCGGGUCUAGCCUUCGUUGUCUACCCUGAAGGAAUUGCGCAGAUGCCAAUCUCUCCACUUUGGGCUAUCUGUUUCUUCUUCAUGUUGAUCACCCUGGGUCUUGAUACUCAGUUUGCCAUGUUUGAAGCAGUCACCACAGGACUGGGAGACGAGUAUGGUAAAUACCUUAAGAAUCACAUGGAAUUGUUCAUCGCCUUCUUGUGCUUCUGUUGUUUUAUCCUUGGUUUGCCGAUGGUCUCGCAGAGUGGAGGCUUCAUACUGAAUCUUUACGUCUGGCAGUCCGGAGGCAUCUCGUUGGUAUUUUUGGCUUUCUUUGAAGUGGUGGUGGUCGCUUGGUUCUACGGCGCAGACCGAUUUGCGAAGGAUAUUGAGCUGAUGAUUGGAUAUAAGAUCUGGGCCUGGUGGCCGCUAGCAUGGAAAUACUUCACACCUACUGUUAUUCUUAUGCUAUUUUUCGCGAGCAUAGCACAGUGGAAAGGAGUCUCGUACGGUACCUAUCAGUACCCCCCUUGGGCAGAGUUUGUCGGCUGGGUCAUGGCUUUAGCUUCAAUGUUGUGGAUUCCAGGAGUAGCUAUCUACAAGAUCUGCCGUGCAGAGGGUUCCUUCUCCGACAGAAUACGCAGCCUAUCGCGAGCCGACAGUGAUCGCAUGGAGAAGAUAGAGCUAAGAGAAGGUUUACCAAAGAGGCAUGAAGUCGUAAAUAUCUAAGCAAGACUUAUUUGGGGUCAUUUUUGUUUUUGUGUGUGUUUUGUUUUAUUUUUUGUUUUUGUUGAAAGACAGACACUGACAAAUCACGUGAACCAUGCACACCUGACAAGAAACAUUCCUUUGUCCAUUUUUGGUAUCCAAUAUGGCGGAGGUAGAGCAUGUGACCUGUUUAGUGCUUUGUGCAUUUUGGGUUUUAUACUAUUUAACUAUAAUAACAAGACUACAAACAUAAUAUAAUGGAAUAUUCGAUAGAAUUUUGAUUUCCCAUUCGUACGAAGCAAAAUAUCAUAAUUCGUAGAAAUAGUAGGUUUUUAAUCUCAGACGCUCUUAAAGACUGAUCAAAACCUGAUUCRCCACAAAGGCAAAGUCAGAUCAUAAAUAUCCUGGAGAAUCAAACCAUCUAGAAUGAUUGCAUUCUUUUUUUCUUUCCUUAAAGUUCGACUAUCAUAGGCCAUGUAAACUGAAAUAAAUUGUGUGACGAACGUCUCUUGACCAGUCCUCCACGGUUUAGCUCCUUUUCUCAGGGUCAUGUGAUCUUAAGUGGAAGCCCCCAAUUGGUUGGUGAAAACCUCUAAACCAGUUCUGCAAUGUCUAACUUCUGUUCCUUAUACCCAGUCAACCUCAGUGUGCAAUAUUACUCUUGCCUAGUCCUUCACGGGCUUAGCCCUUGUUUUACGACGGGGGAGGGAUGGGAGUCAACUGCUGUAACCUCUUAUAAUUUGUUUUUCGCUCUUUGAAACAGCUGGCUGUACAAUAUCAUAGAAUGUAGUGGUAGUGCGUGUGGAGGGAACCUCAGGGAAGAGCCCCGCAUGGGGAGUGGUGGUGGUUAUAAAUACAUAUGGAUUUUGAUUGAAAUAAAUUACAGCUUUAGCGCUAAAAAAUAGCGAGGUUACAGCACCAUUAAUCCAAAAUGGCGGUUAUGACAUCACAUGAUCCUCAAAAAUUMAAAAAAAAAAGGGCCAGCCUCUUGCAUGUUAACGAAAUGCAUGAUGGUCUAUCUUUAGGGAAUUUCAAGGUUCAUUAUGGCGCUGCGCAUGUCAGCACCAUCGGUGAAUACCCCUUAGGGCUGAUCAGUUAGCUUCAUUGGAACUAUUUCUUUGCAAGUUUUUUCAAUGUAUAUUGUAUCUUGAAAAAUCUAGGAGUAGGUUUUAUGAUGACUUUGUAUGUAGAAAGCUGGUCCAAGAAAUGUGGGAUCGACUCAAUUUCCAUUGACCAUGUAUUUGCGCAUGCUCACAACGAAUGCUCGUCCUUUUUCGUGCAAAAAUCAAUUAUUAUAAUUCAGGUUGUUUCCAGGAAUCGAACCAAGAUCGAUAUCAUAAGCGAACAUUUCAUUAGUUAGACAGUAUAACAAAUAUAAAUUUUAAAUUGGGAUAGUUUGGGAAAAGUGAUAAUAAGAUAAGGUAUGUUGCGUAUUAAAUAUAGACCGAUUUCUCAUGGUUGCGUGCGCAUCCAAAUUAAAAAAUUGACGGCCACGAUACCAGAACAGGAAUUUUAUGAUGAGUAUUAUCCUGGAUUAUGAUUUUUUUCCGAUAAGAAUUCAUAAAAUCGAUUAUUCUCCUCUUUAAAUAUAAAACUGGCUUCUCAAUUUUACUUAAUUAGUGUUUUUCAGUUUUGUGGCCCGUCAAGUUGAAUGCGCRCGCACCUUUUAGAAAACGGUGUACUGAAGGGUUUUUUCAUGCUAGUUUAUGUUACCCUAAAGGAGCUAUGCUAGAAUGAAGCCCAUUAGUUUAAAGUGUCACGCACAACGAUUUCUCCUGCGAGUUGUUACGCAUAAGACAUUGCAGAUUGUCGUACAAGAGCUUUUUAACGUGUCCAUAAGCACGCGCAAUUUGUAUUUUUGACUUCCAAUUUUUGUUGCAGAAAAUUUUCCCGGCGUAAUAUGGUCUUUUUCUUGAAACCUGCGACGUCUUUUUUGCGAGACAAGAUGGACGAGAGAUCGCCGUGUGUAAUUGCCUUGAAAGUUCAAAUUAAGACUGGCGACUAACUCUUUUCUCGUGGAAUUGUGGGACUGAAAUUGGCAACGCAUGCGCAAAGCUUAUUAUUUUUGCCGAUCCCGAUAAUCCCAUGCGGAAAGACUUAUCAUCAGUUUGCUUUUAAUUUCUAAAAAGAGUACUUCGUGUUGAGGACAGAUUGGGCUCCAUGUGGGAUGCCUAAGAGUGAAAGACCUGUUUACCUUGGGUGUUAUGUUUUCCCAUUUCAGACAACGUGUCAUUUCCUAGAGAAAAUUAUUCUUUUUUACUCGUGCGUCUUCUGAUGCGUUACCGAUAAACAAAGUAAUGAUACUAUAGGUAAUGACACGUGGUCUGAAAUGGUAAAACAUAAGCCCAACGUAAACAGGACUAUCUUCUGGCAACAUACCAAAGUCUUGUCUCGCAAUCUUGUUGCACUUUGUAACGUAACAAAACAGCGUGACAGGUAGCAAGAAACUGCGUUGUUGAACUGCAUAAGCCCAGCAGUUAUAAAAACUGCAUAGCCUUUGAUACUUAAUCGCAUAUAUAAAUGCAUUAUCGCGAACUUAUUUGACACUUGGAUUUUUGACAAGUAUUGAAAUUCUGGGGGGUUGGCAAAAUCGAAUUAACGACAUUAAUUAAUUGAAUGAUUUAUAUGUAAUAUAUCAAUUUCGAAAUCAAUUCAUUAUAGGCUAUAAAUCCAUUAAUCAUUUAGAAUAAUUGUAAUUUCUGUUGACGAACUCAUGUUUAAGAAUCAAAUUUUUAGAUGUUUUUAUAUCUACAUUAUUUUGUUACAAAUUUUGAGGGAUUUUCUCUGGAUUGCUUGCGGCAUGGUACCGGCAAAACGAACGGCAAAACUAGAUGCAAAAACGAAAAGAAAAGUUCAAAACAAUAGACUAUUUCCGAAAUGGUGCUUCGCUUGUCAUGCACAAAGGUUUCAAUGAGAGGCUUCGUGCAUAAUGAACAGUAAUUCGUGUUUGUGAAAGGAGAUAAGAAUCCAUUUAAUUCGUACGUGUGUGACAAGCGAAGCAUAUCUCGGUAGUGGACUAUUUUGUCUCAAGUGUCAUGRAAAAAAAACCAAUACUUUAAAUGUCUUUUAAGAAUUUUCUAAAAGAUUUUUGCAUUUGGGUUAAGUUCGACGCAAUCCUGAGAAGAUUCAUUGGUUGUUUUACCAUUCUUUAUUAUUAUUUUCUAUUUAUUUAACUUUAGGACCAUUUCAAUUUUUAAUCAAGUCUGCAAUUAAUAUAUACAGUAUAAGCAGAUGUUUUGGCUCACACUCACACCAUCUUCAAGUGAUUUUGGAUGCAGUGCCCUGCUUAAUUUUACAAAAUUAAUGCAUGCAURCAAUACUACCCCGGUUCACACCAACUACGUCCUUCGUCGUUUGGCCGCCAUCUUUAAACAGGAUCAAUACUACCUUCCCGACGAAGAUUAGUUGAACAAGGUUUGAAACUUGUUUAGUUAGCAGUGUGCACAGUGCAGUGUGAACGAUCACUAGUUUGAUUAAACAACUUUUAAACAUUUUUCAAGGCGUGGUGUGAACGGGGUAUUAGUAGAUAUGAAUUAACCUGCGUUAUUGGGUCAAGGGGAGGAGUAGGGGAAAGAAAGGAGGUCCAUCCUCGCCCCAUCCCUCAUAUUUCCUUCCCCAACCGCCGUCCCUAAUGAUCUUGACUACGCAGAUUAGUUCAGUGUUAGUUAAAAUGAUUAUCAAACUGAAAAAAACAAAAUAGCUUUCAAAUUGAAGUCCAUUUUAUGUUUGUAGACUAUUAUUGCAUGCUGAACAUAGUACGGCCGUAGACAUAUAUUCUUUGUAGUCUGAUGUAAGGGGUUCUGGAACUUGAAUUCUCAACUAUCCAUGUAUAUUUCUAUAAAAACUUACAAUUCCAAACUUACCAAGAAGUAGAAUCCAGAAUCCAACACCGUUCCAGAUUUUCCUUUGCAUCAGACAAAUUUUGUUGUAAAACUACUGUAAAAAGGUAUUUUAAAAAAAGCUGUAAGGGGCGGGUAAAAGUUGAUGAUGCUGAAGUGAUUAUAAAAUUAUAGUUGGAAUUAUAUUACUUGAUACUAAA